GGAGUCAAGCCAGCUAGAGGGGAGGGUCCAGCGCGGCCCCGGCGAGCUUCAGUGCGCUUGCGCUGACAGACGCAAGAUGGCGGACAGUGCGGAACUAAAGCAAAUGGUUAUGAGCCUUAGAGUUUCUGAACUCCAAGUACUGUUGGGCUACGCUGGGCGGAACAAGCACGGACGCAAACACGAACUUCUUACAAAAGCCCUGCACUUGUUAAAGGCUGGCUGUAGUCCUGCUGUACAAAUGAAAAUCAAAGAACUCUACAGGCGGCGCUUCCCUCAGAAAAUUAUGACGCCCGCGGACUUGUCUAUCCCCAACGUACAUUCAAGUCCUAUGCCAGCGACUCUGUCUCCAUCUACCAUUCCACAGCUCACUUAUGAUGGUCACCCUGCAUCAUCCCCACUACUCCCUGUUUCUCUUCUGGGACCUAAACAUGAACUGGAACUCCCACAUCUCCCAUCAGCUCUGCACCCAGUCCAUCCGGAUAUAAAGCUGCAAAAGCUACCAUUCUAUGACCUGCUGGACGAGCUGAUCAAACCCACCAGUCUAGCGUCAGACAACAGCCAGCGCUUUCGGGAAACCUGUUUUGCAUUUGCCUUGACUCCACAACAGGUGCAGCAGAUCAGCAGCUCCAUGGAUAUUUCUGGGACCAAAUGUGACUUCACAGUGCAGGUCCAAUUAAGGUUUUGUUUAUCAGAAACCAGUUGUCCACAAGAAGAUCACUUCCCACCCAACCUUUGUGUGAAAGUGAAUACAAAACCAUGCAGCCUUCCAGGUUACCUUCCACCUACUAAAAACGGUGUGGAACCAAAGCGACCUAGCCGACCAAUUAAUAUCACCUCACUUGUCCGAUUGUCUACGACAGUACCAAAUACCAUUGUUGUUUCUUGGACUGCAGAAAUUGGAAGAACCUAUUCCAUGGCAGUAUAUCUUGUAAAACAGUUGUCCUCAACAGUUCUUCUUCAGAGGUUACGAGCAAAGGGAAUAAGGAAUCCGGAUCAUUCUAGAGCUUUAAUUAAAGAGAAAUUAACUGCAGAUCCAGACAGUGAAAUAGCUACCACCAGCCUGCGGGUUUCCCUGCUGUGUCCACUCGGGAAAAUGCGGCUGACAAUUCCAUGUCGGGCACUUACCUGUUCCCACCUUCAGUGUUUUGAUGCAACUCUUUAUAUUCAAAUGAAUGAGAAAAAACCAACGUGGGUUUGUCCUGUCUGUGAUAAGAAGGCUCCAUAUGAACAUCUUAUUAUUGAUGGGUUGUUUAUGGAAAUCCUAAAGUACUGUACAGACUGUGAUGAGAUACAGUUUAAAGAGGAUGGCUCCUGGGCUCCGAUGAGAUCAAAAAAGGAAGUGCAGGAAGUUACUGCCUCAUACAACGGAGUCGACGGAUGCUUGAGCUCCACAUUGGAGCAUCAGGUGACUUCACACAACCAAUCCUCAAAUAAAAACAAGAAAGUUGAAGUGAUUGACCUAACCAUAGACAGUUCAUCAGAUGAAGAAGAGGAAGAACCCUCUGCCAAGAGGACCUGUCCUUCCCUGUCUCCUACAUCACCACUAAACAAUAAAGGUAUUUUAAGUCUUCCUCAUCAAGCAUCACCUGUGUCCCGCACCCCCAGCCUUCCUGCUGUAGAUACAAGCUACAUCAACACUUCCCUCAUCCAGGACUACAGGCACCCUUUCCACAUGACGCCCAUGCCUUAUGACUUACAAGGAUUAGAUUUCUUUCCUUUCUUAUCAGGAGACAAUCAGCAUUACAACACCUCCCUGCUUGCCGCAGCGGCGGCGGCGGUCUCAGAUGACCAGGACCUCCUGCACUCCUCCCGCUUUUUCCCGUAUACCUCCUCGCAGAUGUUUCUGGACCAGCUAAGUGCUGGAGGAAGCACUUCUUUGCCAGCCACCAACGGAAGCAGUAGUGGCAGCAACAGCAGCCUUGUGUCUUCCAACAGUCUGAGGGAGAGCCACGGCCAUGGUGUGGCCAGCAGGAGCAGCGCGGACACGGCAUCCAUCUUUGGCAUAAUCCCAGACAUUAUCUCGUUGGACUGACGGCCUCGUCCUGCUGCUCCCACCCUGUCCCACAUUAAAUGACUUGGCAGAAGAGAACUCUGUGCUGUUUUACCUUAUCCUGUUUAGAAAAGUACACAAGCGUGGUUUUUUUUUCCUGUUUUUAGGGAAAAAAAAUUAAAAGAAAUGUACAGAGAACAAAACUAUAUUUUCAGUUUUACUUUUGUAUAUAAAUCUAAGACUGCCUGUCUGAUAAAACACUUGUUUAAAAAAAAAAAAAAAAGGAAGGAAAGAAAAGAAAAAACAAGCACCCACAAACCUCCUUCAGUUCAUUUUUUCUGGAUUCUGAAGACUUUUCACCGUUUGUCCUAUGGUUUGGGUUUUAUUUUACUUCAAUGGCAUUAUCUUACUUGCAAUAACAGAAACAGAAUUGCAUGUAUGAAGUUUUAAAUUGUGGGCUUUGUUGUGGGGAGGGGGUUGGGAUAGUUUUGAUUUCCAUUUUUUAAAAGCAUCAGACUUGGAUUCUGUUUGUGUAUGCGUGGAUUUUACCAGCCUUAAGUUAUGAAUCUCACCUGUCCCACUCAUUCCCUUUGUUUUCAGGACAUAGCUCGUGGGGGUGUGUGUUUUCAGUGUGUUCCUGUGUGUACUAUUCUGUCAUCACUGUCCCCUCUCCUCCUGGGUUGGCAUUUAGUUAAUAUCAGUUGCCUGCUUCUUUCAGAGUGCUUCAGAGGUCUUGAAUGCUCACAUGAGCAUCUUUCUCAGCUCUCCCAAUGCAUGUUCUCCAUCACAGGUCUUCUGUGAUCUGCUGAGUACCCCCUAAGAGUGUGUUUCCUAGAAGUGCUAGAGCAAAAGCUGCCUGGAUAAGCAGUCUGAGGGCAGGCCUGUGAACCAUGAUACACUUGGGUUGAUUCUGAAUCUGAAUUGCCAGUAUUUUGUAUGUAAGCCAAGUCUGUGAGUACCUGCAUUUUGGCCACAGGGUAGCAAGUUUCCUUGAGAAUCUUCAUACCAAAGUGGGAUAUGAAAGAGCCCUAGAAGCCCCAUGGGGUGCUGUAUGCCGCUGGCAGAGGACAUUAUUCCACCUCAAAAAAGAAAGAAUUGAGUUCCUCCAAAGUUGACAGUACAGUGCAACCCACAUGUGGAUCUGUAGCAAAUCUAUUGGAUCAACAGUUGAAACUCAAAACUAACCUUAGUUAUUUUUGUUCCUCUGGUUCUGAGUAUACUUCCUUUCUUAGCCUUGUUUAUUUUUUACUCACCUUUUAAUGACAAGCAUGACAUAGGAAGCCAUUUUUAAUUCAAGAAUCAGUUGGUUUUAUCUACUCUCAAUAGCAGACUAUGUAAAUAUACUACAAUUUCUUCAGAAGAUGAUUAAGGGUCAAAGGAAGGAAAAAGCGCGUCUUAUACUUGAGAGUCAUCAGAGAAGAUGCACUGCGCUUACAGUGGAAGGCAGAUGGAUGGCAGCUGGUGGAGGGCGCAGGUUUCUCAGCAGAGAAGGGGCACACCAUCGCCAGUUCCCAGACUGGCAUUUUAUGUUACCACUUUGUGUUCUCAGAGUUGAAGGACCCCCUUUGUGUAUAGUAAACUUGUUUUCAAACCUUGCAUCAGUAACAGAAGUACCUAUAUUAAUCCAGGUAGAAGUCAAGAUGGCUGUAUCUUGAGUUGUAUGAUAAAGUAAAUGGUUCACAUGACAGAGUGGCAACUAAAAAUGUUAUCUGUUUUUUAUAGCGUCUCUGCUACUAAACUGUCAACUUGAAUUUUGAGAAAAGUUGGUGUUGAUAUGUAUAUGUGUGUGUGUAUAUAUGUAUUUAUAAACAAGUGUGUGUGAGUAACAUCGUCUUCCCCUGCGCAUGUGUGUUCCACACAGAAACGGCUGUUAGAGUCACAAAACAAUCUGCAAUAAAACAAGGCAUUUGUUGUCAGUUCAAACCAGAAAUGGUUACGUUGUUAAAUUCAUCUGGUGUGGUGAGUACACGUUCGAUUUUUUUCAUUACUGUAUUAAUUUAGGCUCGUUUCACAUAAGGUCUUAAUUUGUGUCUAAAUUGGGACUAGAGUAGGAAUCACUAAAAUUGUGGGUGUUUCUGUUAACAUUGCAAUAGAAAGCAUAUUUUUAUUAUUUCAACUAUCUGAGAUAAAAUGAAUAGUUUUCCUUAUUCUUGGAUUUAUUUUUUUUAACUUGUUAGUGGUUUUAGGAUUCUGAUCAGCAGUUUUUGUGUCUGAUGCUGAAUUACGAACUAGAACGAUCCAGUUGAAACCCCGCCCUCUGCAUUCUUCAGCCCAGUGGUGGAGGGUUGCUUUCCUUCUGAGUCCUGCAUUGUACCAACCUAAGGGGAGAGUGAGUAACAGGGAGAAACCUAUGUCCUGUGGCUUUGUCAUGUCCCCACGGGAGAGCCAACCAUUAGUUGACUGUGGAUUUUAGUUCAUUCCAUGUAGUAAGGAAGGAGUUCAUUUCUUCAGCUGUUGACUUUCUAAAACAUUGCAUGUGGUUAAGUUCAGAGACUUUCACAAUCUUUAAUAAUUAUUAGUCAUGCACUACUUUCCUACAUUUACAAGAAGAAGCGCAUGGUCACUCCAUCUCUUUUUUUGUUGUUUUUCCUUAGCCCACCUUCACUCUGCAACCCUGCCAACCUUGAUAGGCUGUGGACAGAUAUCGUUCGUUCUCAGCAUCUUUCAGCAAGUUGCCAGGAACCCCUCCUUAGUCUUUCUUACUAGCAUGUACACAUUCCUCUGUACAGUGCGCGUGUGUGUGCCCCUGUCUCUCUGUAGCACACAUCAUCAGUGAAGUAGCUGAUCAGCUAGCAGGGUGGAGGUGGCUUCUUAUUUACUAUGUGGGCAUUGCUGGACACAUUUUCUAGGAUGAAACUUAACCAUGCAUACUUGGUUGGCCAGUUCAUUUUGAGUAUUAAAGUUUUUCCAUUGCUAAUUUAGGUAUUACACAUCUACAUUACUGACUUAAAGAAUCACUUAAGUGGUUUGAAAAACGUGGGGAGUGUUUUGGCCAGUUUUCCUUUGAGGACAAGUGUGUGAAACUGAAUGAAAAUAUACCCCAAUUGUAAAUGAAUUAAUGUAGAAAGAACCUAGUUUUUAAAGCAAUUUGAAUUUUAAAUACAUAAAACUUUCGGGAUCUUCAGGACUCGUAAAGAGCACAUUUGAAUUUAUUUUGGUAAGAACUUUUUUUUAUGGAUACACAUUGCAUUCUGUUUUUUUUUUUUUGUUUUGUUUUGUUUUGUUUUUUUUAAACACAAAGCAGAGUUCAAAGAGGGAGGGAGAAUAGCUGGUGGGCCCAGAGUGUGCUGCUGUUGUUUUAUUAACAAAGGGGAAAUGUAUAUAAAUAGAUAAAAGUUACCAUAAACUCCAUGAACUUAAAUCUGUGAUUCAUUGCCUUAAAACUUUCUCUCUUAGAAUUUCCAUACCGCAUGCCAAACCAGUAAAAUGGCUUUUAAAAAUGUAUAGUAGACCAAUGUCAGUUUGUAUAAAAGUACCAAGUGAAAAUAUUUAUUACAUGCAUUGGAGAAAAGUUGUUUCCUUAUUGAAUGUUACCUGUUUAUGUAGAGCUCUUUAGAUGUAAUAAAAGAAAAGCCUUCAGUUAA